CGGAUCCAAAGGGACUUACUGUUCCAUCUGUUGAGAUCUCUGCUGGUUUGCUUUACAGACCCCGGUGGUGUGCGGACAGCAUGGCCUUAAACCACACUGCCCCACCCCAGGACGAGCACCUGCCACACUAUCUUCGAGAUGAGGACCCCUUUGCUUCCAAACUUUCCUGGGAAGCGGAUUUAGUGGCUGGCUUUUACCUAACAAUCAUCGGGAUUCUCUCGGCAUUUGGAAAUGGGUAUGUCCUUUAUAUGUCUUCUAGACGCAAGAAGAAACUGAGACCUGCUGAAAUAAUGACUAUCAAUUUAGCAGUCUGUGAUCUGGGGAUAUCAGUUGUAGGCAAGCCGUUCACCAUCAUCUCUUGCUUCUGCCACCGCUGGGUGUUUGGCUGGUUUGGCUGCCGCUGGUAUGGAUGGGCCGGAUUUUUCUUUGGCUGUGGAAGCCUUAUUACCAUGACUGCCGUUAGCCUGGACCGAUAUUUGAAGAUCUGCUAUCUCUCUUAUGGGGUCUGGCUGAAGAGAAAGCAUGCUUACAUCUGCCUGGCAGUCAUCUGGGCAUACGCCUCCUUCUGGACCACCAUGCCCUUGGUGGGCCUGGGGGACUAUGCACCCGAACCCUUCGGAACCUCGUGCACCCUGGACUGGUGGCUGGCCCAGGCUUCCGGUGGGGGCCAGGUGUUCAUCCUGAGCAUCCUCUUCUUCUGCCUCCUGCUCCCGACGGCUGUGAUUGUCUUCUCGUACGUGAAGAUCAUCGCCAAGGUGAAGUCGUCGUCCAAAGAGGUAGCUCAUUUCGACAGUCGGAUUCAUAGCAGCCAUGUGCUGGAGGUGAAGCUGACCAAGGUGGCAAUGCUGAUUUGUGCUGGCUUCCUGAUUGCCUGGAUUCCCUAUGCAGUGGUCUCUGUGUGGUCUGCUUUUGGAAGGCCGGACUCCAUUCCCAUACAGCUCUCCGUGGUGCCCACCCUCCUUGCCAAAUCUGCAGCGAUGUACAAUCCGAUCAUCUACCAGGUCAUCGAUUACAGAUUUGCCUGCUGCCAGACCGGUGGUUUGAGAGCAACGAAGAAGAAGUCUUUGAAAGACUUUAGGCUGCACACUGUAACCGCAGCCCGGAAGUCUUCUGCAGUGCUGGAGAUCCAUCAAGAGAGCAGUUCCAGAUUUACUAGUGCCCAUGUUAUGGAUGGAGAGAGUCACAGUAAUGAUGGGGACUGUGACGAGAAAUAGACACCUGUGUUCUGAGGCCGAGAAACCCCGCACCUGUCCUUCAGGGCUUCAGAAAUAAGUGGCCAGCUUCAAUAUACUCUUUGAAAUGCUGAAAAAAAAAACCCUUGUAGUGUAUUCUUUGCAUUUGUUCUUAAGUUUGAGACAAUAUAUGGUCAGUGUUGACUGCAGCAUUGAUAUUGAAGUUUAAUCACAAGUACAUAGCAUGUGAAGUGUCCACUCUUUAGUCUUUAUAGAUGAUUAAAGUGGUCCAAGAAGAAAAGCAUGUCCUCAGCCACGGGAAGGUGCAUCGUCCCCUAAGCUUCCUCUUCACUGUGAUAGUAAUAGAGCUUAUGGAUGCAUUAAUUACUGUGAACAUGCCCUCGAAACCACCAACCACUUAUUCUUGUAGAUGGUUAGCAUUUGGACCAUUUAUCUGGGAAACUUCUAAAAGAGUCCUCUGUCAAGUCAACCUGUACAUAGCACUUGUAAGUACUCUCUAUGAGAACAUUCAGAAGAUGCGUUAGCCUUUGAGUCCUUGGUUUCAUCCCAGCUGUGUGCCGAACUGGAGAACGGUUUGUUGGCUGUCCUGGGAAAGGAUGGAUUAGCACUUUUCAACUUUGUCCGUUGAAGAUUAUUUUCUUUGGAAGGCACAGCUGCUGUUCAAGUACAUUUUUUUAAAUAAAGAAAAUACAUUGCACC